AUGGAUACCACGCGGUCAAUGAAUCUCGAGAAAUUUGAUGGAAAUAAUUUUCGCCAGUGGAAAUUCCAGAUAAAAUGCGCUUUAAAGGCAAAAGGAAUUGAUAUCACAGUGCCAAGAACGGAACAAAACAGUGCUGAAUGGUCGAAAAAUGAUGGUAUGGCAAUGUUCAUCAUGACUUCGUCAAUGGAUUUCAAACAAAUAACAUUAAUAGAGAAUUGUGAGACUGCCAAGGAAAUAAUGACAAAACUUGAAUCAGUAUACGAACAAAAGAGUGAGUUGUGUAAAAUGCUAGUCCAUGAAAAGUUUUAUCAGUAUAAAAUGUUGCCGGGUGACAGUGUAGCUCAACAUAUCUCAAAGGUGGAAUCCCUGGCUAAACAACUAAAAGAGAGUGGUGAGACUGUCAGUGACAUGGCCAUCAUAACAAAAAUUUUAGGAACAUUGCCACCUAAGUACAGAUCACUGCGCCAAGCGUGGAUGUCAUUGGAUUCAAAACAACAGACUAUUGUGAAUUUAACUGCUCGCCUCUUAGAUGAAGAAGCAAGUUUAGUAGGCGAAGAAGAACAAGAAACAGCUCUCCUUGUUGCUAAUAAAGGAUGGAAGUUGAAAUCAAAACAAAGUGAGCCGAUGCAAAGUAGAGUAAAUCAAAAUAAAAAUACCAAACACAGGUUUGAAUGUUAUAACUUUGGAAAGCGAGGACACUUUGCUAGAGAAUGUCGUGCUCCAAGAAAAUUUAAGUCAAGAAAACCUCAACAAGAAGGUGCAGAUAUGUUAGCGUUUUAUGUAGAGAAUAACGCGUCUAGCACAGAAGAGAAUACUUGGAUUCUAGACAGUGGAGCCUCUGCACAUAUGACUUAUAGAAAGGAAUUCUUUAUGGAACUGGUUGAAUGCAGUCAGAAGAUAUUAACUUUAGGAAACAAACAGUCUGUAGAAGUGUGUGGCAUUGGUAAAGUGUUGAUAAAAAGAUAUAUAAAUGGACAGUGGGAAUCCAGUGAACUACUUGAUGUGUUGUAUGUCCCAAGUCUGCGAAGAAACUUAUUCUCAGAAGGUGCCAUAAUAAGAAGAGAUUACACUAUUAUAAAGAAAGAUUCAAUUGCAGUGAUCUAUAAAGAUAAUCAAGUGGUUAUGAGUGCCAGGAUCAGAGAAAAUAAUUUAUAUGAGCUUAAUAUAAAAGCAAUCACUCCAGAUACUUGCAACUUGGUCCAGAAUAAUCAAAGUGAUAUCAAAAUGUGGCAUGAGUGA